AUGGAUGUCACUACACAGACGUUCCCGUAUCAUCUUGCUCGGAUGCUGCAGGAUCUUGCGUCUUCCGUCUUUGUCUCUAUCGACCUGGAGUUCUCCGGUAUCCCAAAAGCUCAACAGGGGCGGGCAGGCCCACCGCAGAGCUUACAGCAGAGAUACCAAGAGGUGAAAGAGUCUGCUUCUCAAUACCAAAUACUCCAAGUCGGUUUGACCUUUUGUCAUGAGGAUGCAGAGGCAGCACAGUAUACACUAAAACCAUAUAAUUUAUAUCUGAGCCCGAUCAUUGACCGUAGGCUAGAAGUUGAGCGGAACUGGUCAUUCCAGAGCAGCGCGGUUGAGUUCCUUUUGGAAAACAAAUUCAGUAUGGACUCUCUGUACCGAACCGGCGUCACAUAUAUAUCGAGAGAGGAGGAAGAAAAAGCCAUCUCGAUAGCCGUCCAAAGGAAUAAACCAUCCACGGCUCAAACAUCGAUGAAUGUCAAAGAAACCGACUACGAGUCGCUAGCAUUCCUUAUACUUGCCCGGAUGCUCAUCAAUAAUUGGAUUGCCCUUGGUGAUAAACGUGACGGCUACCUCAAUAUCCCGCCACCUUCCAGUCAAAUCAACUCCCAGGGACUUAAGGGUAUGCCUUCGGUUUUGAAUAGGUUCCAGAAAAGGCUGGUUCAUCAACUUGUCGAGGUGGAAUACCCAGGUUACGUCACGAUUGGACGGCCUACGUUUGUCCAGAUUGUCCACUAUGAUGAAGAUCGUGAGAACGCUAUUCGAGACAAAAGGGUACAGCGGGUGCGAGAGCGAGUUUGGAAUGAGACUGGCUUCAGAUGGAUUGCUGAGGCACUGGCUGGAGGCGAUCUCUCAAAUCUCAGUCCCGGUUAUUUCGGCGCCAUCAGAGCCAACAUGGGGCCUGUAGGCCAAGGCGAAACUCUUAAGGACUUUGUAGGCAACUUCAAGAAGAACCUCAAAGCCCAUCGGCCUGUUCUUGUUGGGCAUAAUCUUUUCAUGGACUUGAUAUAUUUCUUUCGGUGCUUUUUUGGUCCUCUUCCGGACAGUGUGGAGGACUUCCAAACCAUGGUGCACGAGCAUUUCCCAGUCCUCAUUGACACUAAGUAUCUUGCCACACAUAAUUGCGGAUCAAUCAACCCAAGGUCAUCGUUGCAAGAGAUCAAUGACAGUUUGCUUCAGAUACCGAAUCCCGAAAUCAUUAUACAUCCACACUUCGCCAGGUACCACAUAGAGAAACCCGACCAUGAAGCAGGCUACGAUAGUCUGCUUACGGCACAAGUAUUCAUAAAGCUCUCAGCACAGCUUGACGAAGGGCACCAAGUCGGAUUGGUCACGCCACUCUUAACUACAGGCUCCCAAACGACGGAGCAAGCCGGUCUUCACAAUCGGCUUGUUCAACUUCAGGUUAAAGAGACUCGGGCGGGACUCUCCAGUGCAAUUGAUAACGAUAGCGAUAGCAUGAGAAGCGAUGAAGUUCUUGGCGAGUAUGGUUCUGCAGUUGAGAUACGGCAGGCCAAAAAAGGGCAUUUGAUUCCAAGACCGGGUUUUCAAUUUUGGAAGGUUUAUGGCAACAAACUACGCGUCUUCGGAACAGAGGAAAGGGUCUGUCCCUCAAUCGCCGAACAGCGAGUUUGCAGAAGCUGUCAAGAGACACUUGGCCGCCGCAGUUAUGCCUCCGCCGCAACCCCAAUCUCGCCAGCACCCUCUUCCUCGAACUCAACUACGUUCCCCGUCGUGAAUCCUUCCUACACCAUCAAUGCAGGCGUGCUCCUAUCCCGUCCACCCCAGAUCACACGCGACCUCACCGAUUUCGAAAAAGCAUACUACUUUUACCAGAAACGGCUGAACGAGCGCCAGGCGCUUCCAUUCACGAAAUACUUCUACUUCAAGCGCGGAACGCCCGUGGACGAGGACUGGAAGCGUAAGAUCCGUGAGCGCCAGACGCCUGCGCGUGAUAUCGGCAAUUAUAAUGCGUACUCCAAGGAGGCGUGGAACGAUGAGCUCCUUGUCGGAUCGCCUGAGUCGGAACCGGCCAAUGUUGUCGAAACGUUGAUUUCUGAUGCUGAAAGCACGGCCAACAACACUUCUCAGGAUACUAGCAAGAAAGAAGAGAUCCCUCGGCCGCACCCCCGGGUAACAGAGGCUGAUCAGAAGGGUGACACCAGGAGCCUUAAUCGGGCUCUUCAGAGGACUCUUUACUUGCUCGUCCAGUCUAAAGAGGGAUAUUGGAAGCUUCCUAGCUCCCCUGUCGCCACUGACGAAACUCUCCGAUUGGCUGCUGAACGUACCCUCGAACAAUCCGCUGGUGUGAACAUGAACACUUUCAUGGUCGGAUACCACCCUGCCGGCCACUACGUCUACAACGCUCGGAAGCCGAAGACCGACGAGUCAACUGGAGUUACCGUGGCCGGUGAGAAGACCUUCUUCUUGAAAGGACGUAUUAUGGCCGGCCAGGCGGAUCUUUCUGCCAACGUGCAAAACCUUCAGGAUUUCAAAUGGCUUGCCAAGGAGGAGCUCAAGAAGUUCCUGCUUCCACAGUACUACGCCAGCAUCAAGAACAUGCUCGCCGAGCGGUAA